AUGAAGCUUUUCCCGUCAUCGUUAGAUAGUCGCUUAAAGUGUUGCAUCGUCACUGAGGAUACAGAGCUUGGAAAGAAAUUAUCUGCACUUCUUUAUGCCGUUUCGGAAGCUAUUGAAAAGCAUUAUUUGCGUGAUUUCUUUAUUUUGGUUUCAACUGAAGAAGCAGAUAGCAUGGAUGAAGUGAUUGAAGCAUAUACUCUUACUUUUACUUACGCUGAUGGUGGUAGAUUGCUGCUUCGAAGUCCAUUACACGAAAUUUCACUGUUAUGUGAAAGUGUCACCGAAUUACGUAAGGAAGUCAUCGCCUUACUGCAUCGGUUGGAUGUUCUUAUGAAUGUACUAUCGCCAGUUCCGCAGAGCGCUUUUCCGUAUUUCAAGCUUACCUAUUACGCAAGCACUCCAUAUAAUUAUGAACCAACCGGUUUCAAGUCAUCAUCAACUACAUAUCGCUUCAGGAAUAUGACUUUCAUUUCGAAAAUAUCAGCUGGCACUUUCAGUACAAAAUUUGAAAGCUGCUCUGUGUGUCUGGAGUCCGUUUUCUUUGGAAGCGCAAAUGGGCAACAUGAACAGCGUGUUUCAGUUGAUAAGAACGAACUGCAAAUGCUCAAAAGAAUAACUGGCGAAACUCCAACAGGAAGACCGAAGAAGGAUAGGCUAAUCAAGUCAAAGAAGACGAAGUGUGGUAAAAAAGCAAAAGAAAAGAAGAGUAAGAAAAUCACAGAAGACGAAGAUAACGGACGGCAGUCAAUGAAUUUGCGCAUUUCUUCAUCAGACGCACAAAUGGAAGCUACGGACGACAUUUCACAGGAAAAUACUGUUGAAAUUAUUGAAUCGAUGCGAGCUUCACUUUUGGAAGAAAAUUCUCCAAAUGAAUAUGCUGAAGCGGAGAAAGUCAUUUUAAGCUAUGAAAAAACGGUGGCCAGCACGACAGAUUUGCAGAAGAGUGAUUUCAACCCUGAAUAUGGCGGAGCUUUGCCGACAGUUACGGAACGUAUUAGUCGUGAACCCAUUAUGAAGAAAGAUUCAAGCGUCAGAAGCCCAUCAUCCGGAAUCAGCAUCAGUGCCGAGUCAACUGUUACAAGAGAACUGUUCAUGCGGCGCAGUUCAAAUAUUGGGAUAUCGUCUAAUGCCGAACCAAAGGCAAAAAAAUGAAAAUUAGUCGUUCAAAAGUUGACUAUCAUAAGAAAUAAACUUUGGUGUAAGAAGG